AUGAAUAUAAAAUUAAAAAUUAUUAAUGAAAAUGAUAAUAAACCAUUAUUUCAACAUAAAUUUUAUCAAUUUAAUAUAAAAGAAAAUUUACCAAUUGGUGUUAAUGUUGGUCAAUUAAUUAUUACUGAUUUAGAUGGGGAUUAUGAUCAAUUAAUUGUUAAAUUACAUAAACAAGAACAAUUACCAUUUCAAUUAUGGAAAUCAACUAUCUCUUCAUCAUCAUUAUCAUCAUCGAUCAUUAAUCAAUAUGAACCAAAUGUUAUGAUAUAUUAUUUAAAUACAACUAAAAUACUUGAUCGUGAAGAAAAAUCAAUUUAUGAAUUUGAUGUUUAUGCAAAUGAUUUAAUCAAUGAUAAUAAUCAAUUAUAUAAUCAAUAUAAAUUAUCAAUCAAUAAUAAUAAUGAUAAUCAUAAAACAAGUACAACAGUAUUAGUUACAAUUGAAGAUGAAAAUGAUAAUGAUCCAAUAAUAAUAUUUCCACAACAAUCAGAUAAAAUAUUUAUUCUAUCAAAUUUAGAAAAAAAAUAUUAUCAAUUAAUGACAGUCAAUGUAAAUGAUAAAGAUUCUACAUCAAAUACAUUUAUAUUUAUGUUAGAACAAGAAGAUUACAUAAAAAUCAAUAAUAAUAAUACAUUAAAAAAUAGUCAAUCAAAUGAAAUCGAUAUCGAUCAUACUAAAUCAUUAGAUCUAAUCAAUCAAUCACCAAUCAAUUCAUUUUUAGAUAUUGAUCGUAGUUUAGGUAAUAUAUAUUUAAAUAGAGAUUUACAACAAAAUGAUACAGGUACAUAUAUUUAUUAUAUUAUUGUACAUGAUAGUAUAAUUAAUCCACGUACAGCUUCACUUCGAUUUAUUGUUAAAAUAGAAUCAAUACCAUUAUAUACAAAUCAAUUAAAAUCUAAUUAUUUUUCAAAAAUCAAUAUAAUGAAAAUAUUAUAA